CUCCAUCAUGGCAGUGCAAAUGUUUUUGACGUCCCUCGUAACCACUUCUGGUGUCUUACUGUUAAAACCACACUCUGGAUUUCACGCAUAAUAUAUCUCAUCGAGAGAGUUGAGCCUGUAUCAUUUAUUCAUCAACCUUUUAUGGCGACUUUGUGCACCUGUACUCGGGUCCCAAGUCUCGGGCAUGUCUGCCCAGAAUGGCCUUUUCAGAGCAGCACGAUGGCUCGCACAUGAGCUCGGUCUUGCGACUAUGAGGUCUGCCGGCAAAGACGUGUACAUUGUAAUUUUCGCUCGUUACAUCCGGUUAUUCGCGUACGGCGCUGUCGCACUCGUUCUCGCCAUCUAUUUCCAAGAGCUAGGAUUUUCAGACGAACAAAUCGGUCUCUUCAUGACUCUGACUUUGCUGGGAGAUGUUUUCAUCAGCCUCCUCCUUACGCUUGUCGCGGAUAGCCUUGGACGUAGGAGAACGCUCCUACUCGGUGCCAUUGCGAUGGCUGUGUCGGGCGCGGUCUUUGCGACUACGAGCAACUACGUCGCACUGCUCAUGGCUGCAAUCAUUGGCGUUAUUAGCCCAAGUGGAAACGAAAUUGGGCCCUUUAGAGCAGUCGAAGAGUCCACACUGGCCCAUCUCGUGUCCGAGGCACAGCGUUCAGACGUCUACACGUGGUACGUCGUUCUGGCUGUUCUAGGCACAUCAACAGGCCUAGCUGUGGGAGGUGUCGCUGUUGAGCAGUUGCAAGCAAAAGAAGGUUGGACAGAUCUGGAUGCAUACCGAGCCAUUUUCUGGGUAUAUACAGGUGUCGGCUGCGUCAAGGCUGUCAUGACGCUAUUCUUGAGCCGCCAAUGCGAGCAUGAAAACUGGGCCAAGAACCAAAAAUCGCCCGCUGAGACUGAGCCUCUGCUGAAUGGCAACGGCAGCCCUGAGAAUGUUGAGUCUGCUUCGCAAAGCCCUGUGCCUGCAAAACCUACCAAGCGCUUCUGGCAUUCAAUAAGCACUAUUUCGAAACCUAGUCGCUCAGUUUUGUUCAAGCUAUGCAGUCUUUUCUUCCUUGAUUCGCUGGGUAGCGGCAUGGUGCCUUUCUCACUGAUUAACUACUACAUGGAGAGAAAGUUUGAGCUUCCGAAAGACAAAUUGGGUGGGAUUAUGUCGGCGACAUGGUUCGUAUCCACUAUUGGAACAGUCUUCGCCUCAUCCCUCGCAAAGCGCCUCGGUUUAAUCCAAGCAAUGGUCUUCACACACCUGCCUAGCUCCGUCUUUCUAGCACUGCUUCCUGUACCUUCAGGCCUCGCUUUGACAAUCUGCUUGCUGGUGGGUAGGUCGGUGCUCAACUCCAUGGAUCAAGCUCCGCGAUCAGCAUUUCUCUCGAUUGUUGUUUUGCCUGAAGAGCGAACAGCAGUCAUGGGCGUUGUCAACAUCCUCAAGACACUGGCACAGAGUAGUGGGCCGUCGAUUACAGGCGUGCUUGCUGGUCAUGGUCGCUUCUGGGUUGCGUUCGUUGUGGCUGGGUCGUUGAAGGCUGCAUACGAUCUCAUGCUCUUGGCUUUCUUUGGUGGCCGAGUCCAGAUAGAGAAGGAGAGAGCUGUUGAAGUAGAUGGUAGGGAAUCACCUUAUACUUUGCCUUGUCAGAGGACUGAUUCCUCCAUGAUUACCGGUGCGAACAGAAGUACUCUACGAUGUGCAGCGAUGGGAAUCCUCAUUUCGAGUACUGUGCCUUGCUUGAUCACGGGCAAUAGGAGGUGGCGAAUUCCUCGUUUCGAUCCGACCAAAACAAUUUUGUUCCUGGACGCCUACGACUCAUUUUCGAACAAUAUUGUCGCCCUUGUCGAGCAAAAUGUGGAUGUUGAAGUCAUCAAGAUCUUUAUUGAUGACCCGCUUCUCACGGGGGUCACUGCUUCCGGAGAUCAAGCCUUCACUGAGUGCUUGAAGGGCUUCGAUGCCGUCAUUGCCGGCCCCGGACCUGGUUGGGCAAAGUGCGACAAGGAUGUUGGACUGAUGAAAGAGCUAUGGGAAGUCCAGGAUGAGCACUUGAUCCCAGUGCUGGGAAUCUGCCUCGGAUUUCAGUCCCUGUGUCUGGCGUUCGGCGCCGAAAUCGAGCGACUGGACGACCCAAAACAUGGAAUCAUAUCACUCGUUUUACACAAGGGUCAAUCCAUUUUCCGAGACGUGGAACAACUGCUGGCGACUCAAUAUCACUCUUUACAAGUGAAGCUCGGCCAUCCUAUCCAAACUAAUCGAGCUGUUCGAUACCCUGCGCAGCUAUGGGAGCCCACGGAAACCUGUCCUCAAUUGGAGCCACUCGCCUGGGACUUCCACAGUGAACGAAAUGGUGCAGUGCUUAUGGGCGUGAGACACGUGCAAAAACCAUUCUGGGGUGUGCAGUUCCAUCCCGAAUCGAUUUGUACGAAUGCUGAAGGGAAGCGCGUUAUCCAAAACUGGUGGGAAGACGCGCAGGCUUGGAAGCGAAAGCGCAUGUUCGGCAACGUGUCGAAACAAAGCCUCCUUCCAAACCCCCAAUCACUACCCAAAUCUUUUGACGAUUUCCGGCGCGAACUUGGGUUUAGCAAUGCAAAAAAGAACACUACAUAUUCACGCGCAGAGUUUGCCGCAAAGCUCGAUAGUGACACUCUCGCCCCAGAAGAGCUGGCCUCGCUGGUCGCCCACGGAGACGGACAGUCACUGCCAGACUUGCCACCUAGCAUUGUGCAUUGCGCAACAACAGGAAGUGGAAGGCUCACAGUUGCGGACGUCUGUGAGCUUUUAGAGAUACCAAGGCACGAAGCAAUAGUGCUCGAAUCUGGACUUCAGUCAAAUCUGGUUCCAAUGGCCGUUGGCACUGGCAGGUAUAGCAUCAUCGGCGUGGUCAUACCUGGGGAGACGCUCCGUCUACAUUACUAUGCCGGAUCCAGGAGGAUGCAACUGAGGGAUGGUGGCGACGAGGUGCACACCGAGUGGAACGUGACUGACCCUUGGCCGUACGUUCGAGAAGUCAUGAAGAGCCUCCAACCUUCGGUGCCACCUCGCACCUCGACUUGGGCACCAUUCUGGGGAGGGCUUAUGGGCUAUGUAUCAUACGAAGCUGGCCUCGAAAUUAUCGAUAUUGCCGAUCAUGAAGAAGCUCAUUAUCCUGAUAUAUGUUUUGCAUAUAUCACGAGAAGUAUCGUCUUUGACCACCACACCAAGAAGGUAUAUGUGCAAAGUAUUCGCGGCCAGCACGACGAACCUUGGGUGGAAGAAACGACUGAGAGAAUUUAUGAGGCUGCCGGUUACAAGUCAUUGGAAUCGACACCGGGCUCGACACCCCUGCCUAAAUCGGAUCCUUUCGAGCAGCAUGGCCCAAUGAACCUAUACAUUGACUCAUGCAAAGAGGUCGUAGUUGACGGUGCUGAGUAUUGCGGCAAAGUUAGUUCCUGCCAAAGUGCCAUAGCGGACGGCCAGAGCUACGAGCUUUGUCUAACUACACGCAACGAGAUCCGGGCUGUGAAACCGAGAGCUUGCGAGAUGUGGCAUUCAGAGGAUAAUGAACAUUCGUGGAAUCUCUACACGCGCUUAGCGGGUCAAAAUCCCGCCCCAUUCGGUGCUUAUAUGAGGAUGCAUAACGUGCACAUUCUCAGUUCUUCGCCUGAACGGUACAUUAGCUGGGACAGAUUACAAAGUGCCCAAUGUCGACCAAUCAAAGGCACGGUACAGAAGAAGCCUGGCGUCACGGCCGAAAGUGCACAUGCAAUUCUCUCUUCGUCGAAGGAACGUGCAGAAAACCUAAUGAUCGUUGAUCUGACCCGACAUCAGCUCCAUGGGGUCUAUGGCUCACAAAAUGUCAGGGUCAGUCAACUGAUGGAAGUCGAAGAAUACGAAACACUCUGGCAAUUGGUCUCGGUCAUCGAUGCGGUUCCCAGUAGCAUCCGGAAGCCUAUGACACCCGAAGAGUGGGAAGAUCCGGCGGAGUAUGCCUCCGGUGUUGGAACGAAGGAUGUUCCUUAUCUAGGCUUCCAAGCGUUUGUCGAGAGUCUGCCACCUGGAAGCAUGACUGGUGCACCGAAGAAGCGAUCUUGUGAGAUCCUACACAAAGAAGAGGACGGAAAAAGGCGUGGAAUAUACUCUGGAGUCCUUGGCUACCUCGACGUCGGAGGUGGCGGCGACUUUAGCGUCGUGAUCCGGACCGCCAUAAAGAUUGAUGGCCCAGACAGCAAUAAAGAAGACGUAUGGCGGAUCGGUGCUGGUGGAGCUGUAACGAGUCAAAGUACACCGGAAGGCGAGUAUGAAGAAAUGCUCGCCAAAUUUCAGAGCACCGCGAGAGCUUUCCAGCAUCAGCCUCAGCCUGAGCGCGCGUCGAAAAGAAAGAGGUUUGUAGAGCUUCUGGCGAAUCUGAGGGGCCGCGAAGAGUUAAGUCUUGAUGAUGCGCAGAUGAUGCUAGGAGCUCCCGAACGUCAUUCCCCGCUUCCCUCAGUAGCAACGAUGAUGGCGACUGAAGCGCCAGAUCCGCGGUCCUUCCAAUCCUGGGAGGAUGCGUUUCAAUACCCGAUUCCCGUAGUUCGCAAGCUCGAACAGCAGCUCCGCAGCAAUGCCGACGACAAUCGAGAGAAGCUGCGGUCGCUUGUGGGAGCGAGUUACCGCAACCUCCUCGAUACCGCCGAAACCAUCAUUGACAUGGAAGUCUGCAUGGAGCAAGUGGAAGCGAAGCUUUCAAGAGUAGGACAGAGCUAUGCGGAGCGCUACACUUUCGCAUCACAGCUCUCGAUCCUGCGCAACGCACCGCUGGUUAUGACGCGCUUGAUGAAAAGAGAAGGAUCGUAUUUGCUCAUUGCGAAAGUGCUGGUCAUUUCCCGCCUCCUACACAAAGCCUUGAGUCAGGCGAAGAACAAGCCGCCAAUUGUGGACCAGCUAUGGGAGAGGCUGCUGUCUAUUAGGAGGAAGCUCCUACGCAGAAUCGACAAGCGACUGGCGAGUACAACUGGCGAAAUAGGUACCCUAGUGGAGAGCAUGAGCGCGUAUGCGCUUGUGACAAGCUCUGCGCCAACUGAUGUUCUACAACAUUUCCACAGAGUGCGUUUGGACAAAAUUGUGGGCGAGCUCCAGCAAGGUGGCGACGAACUUGCGAAGCAUGGUAUCAAUGCGCUCAAGCUGUGCAUCCAGACAUGCCUGGACACGCAAACUGUCUUUCCACGGCGCCUAGCGGAGGCCCUGGCAAAGCUUAAAACACAUGCGUUGAUACAGGACCCAGAGGUGCGAGCUCUCCAUGAGUUGAACCUGGAUGUUCACGAUCGCUGGAUAGGCGACGAAGCGCGGAACUAUACACCAUGGCCGCGACACGAUGAGCUGCAGCGACCGGACGCAGAGAGGUUACUGCACCGCUGGUCGAAAGAUGCGAUAUCGGCUUUCUUGAAGGGCAUCAAGCAAGCUCUCGAACACGAAGUAAGGUUAAAAGAGGUUGCUAGCUUAAGACAGGAUUUGAUCGAGACCUGGAUACUCUCCGGCUCACGAAUGGCUGGCGUCAAGGCUGCAAACGUGCUUGAUGAUCUGCGAGAUGUGAUGAACGAAAAGCUGGAAAGCAUCGUAAGAUUACGUACGCAAGGGCUUCAAGGAGUGGUCUCUGAGCUCACACAUCGACUCAACAAUCUCCCCGCUUCAAGCGACACAUCCAACCUAUCUUUGUGGAGCACGACGUCUAGAGCUGCAGACUUAAGCAAUGGUGCUCAAGUAUUUAAAACCAAGAUACUCAACACAUACCAAGGGCGGGAUCAGUAUGUGAUCGCUGUCACAUCUGCAUUCGACAAAUGGAUGGACUCCGUCUUGGAAGUUAAGAGCAUCGUGAAGAGCAUGAAGGAGGCGCGAUGGGACGAUACGUUUGCGGACGACGACGGUGAUGAGUCAGAUGAUGACUUUGCCGACUCGAAGCAGAUGUUGCUUAGUGCUGACGAUCCGAAGUUACUGGAAGAUGUCACACAGGAGGCGCUGAGUGAUGCCCUACAGAGCUUGGGUACGGAAUUUGCCAAGAUUGUGGAAACAUCGACUGCAGAUGAGAUGAACCGGUCGGUGCAGAAGUCUGCGUUCAUUCUACGAGCGGCGAGAGAGGUUGGCGAUCGAAUACCACGAUUGCGGCUUCAGGACAAGUUCACACCGCUCGUAUCACCGUUUACAGCCGACAUCCUGCAACCGUUGCAUGUAGUAGUGGCUACAAGUAUUGUCGAGCCGACGAUGACAGCUUUCCAGAAAACACUUGCUGCUUCAACAAAGGCCAAAAGUAGCAGCCAUAUCCUCUGGGAAGGCAACCCAGCACUGCCGAGUCACCCCUCGCCUAGCACUUUUAGGUUCCUGAAGGAGCUGAACACAAACAUGGCAUCGCUAGGUAGCGAUCUAUGGGCGCCUGGCUGUGUCUCAGUCCUUAAGGGCCAGGUUUCUGAUGCGGUGCGUAGAGUACUUGGGGAACAUGUGGAAACCUUCAAGGCACUUCCAGAGGAUACCAGCAAGCCCGUCGAAGAUUCAAAUGUUGAGGAGGGUGGAGAAGUGAAACAGGUUGAUUCCGCAGAAACAUCAACAACUCAGGAACUCAGGGAUCACAAGUACAAACAGCUACUCUUCGAUGCGCUGUACAUCCAGCGAGUCAUCGCCAAUCGCGAUGAGAAGAACGAUGCCCUGAUGGAUUCUUUGAGAAAGACAGAAAUCGUAGAACUUGACGAUGCGGCAAUGAACAGGAUGAGAAAGAGUGCCGCAGACUAUGCAAAAAAGACAUAUCUCCUCUUUGCACUGUUGGCGUAGCUAGUUGCCUAUAAUCUGAUGCUCUCACCAUUCACAAGAUACCUUUCAAGUAUUCAACCCGCUUUGUACUCCACUGUGAUGUGAAUCCAAUCCUAGUUGGUAACGAGACUGUAUGGACGCCAUGCCGCGGAAAUCAAGGCUAGGCGCUGCUCUCCGCGGACAGGUGCAU